AUGUUAUCCGUUCAGAAGCAAACAAAUUCAAAAAAACUAUCUAGUGAAAAAAAGAAUAUAACUAGUGCUACUAAGAAAACAGUUAAAAAUUCUGAAGUUUCGAGUACCAUUAAAAGUAUUGUGGGUGAAAGUAAUGGAAAAUCUUCUGUUUCAAAAGAAAUCGGAAAAAGCGUCAAUAUUAGUAAAAAAUUACAUCAAAGUGAUUUUAGGACGAUAACUAAAAGUACUGUCAAUAGGGAAUUUGCAACAUCUUCUACCAUUUCAAAAAAAGAAUCGAGCGUAAAACAAUUUGAAUCAUUCAAUUCGAAGUUGUCUCAAAGAAAAGCACAUCAAAAUUUUACACAUAAAUCUGUGGCUAUCAAUUCCAAUUCGAAAGAAAAUAUCGUUCGAAAUGCCACUAUAAAAAAUAAUAAUAUGGCGUUGAUCGAACACGGAAAUCAAGAAUCCACAAUAAGUUUAAGGAAUGAUUCUAAUAUUAUAGCGAAUAUUAAUGAAUUCCGCAGUAAUACUUCGGUUUCUUCUAGUUCCAUUAAUACAAGUGAAAAAAUAUUUAGUAAAAUUAAUAGCGUGGCAUUAACAGAAGAUGAUUUUUCUCAAGAUGAAAAUAAUAAGAAAAUUGUAGCGACUUUAUAUCACAUAGAACCGAUAAUUUCUGAACAAUCGCUAAACCAGAAUGAAUCCAUACAAGAAACUUUCACGUCUGAUAUUUCAAAAAGAGAAGUAAUUUCAAUGAAUCAGACUCAUCAAGUUUCUUCUCAUCGUGAAAAUAAUGAGCAAAUCUUUGUAGUGGACGAAGUUGAUGACGUAAGAUUUUUUGAGGAUCGUCAACAAAAUUUAUUUUCAAAAUCUACGAAUGAAGUAACUGCAGUUUCAGAAAAAUCUAAAACCUACCUUAGGUUUGAUUCAAAAGAGUCCGAAACUCAAUCAUCAAGUAAAUCAAAAAAUAUAUCAUCCUCAAAAUUAAUUGAUUCCAAAACGUUUCAUACAGGAUCUAUCAAGGAGCAAUGCAUUUGCGAAAUAUGUACUUGCGGACGACAUAGAUGUACUCACAAAUUAGAAACUAUAGAGUCUCCGUUUAAGGUUGAUGAAAAUUCUCCUAAAAUAUUAUUGUCAUCUCAUCAGGAGGACUACAAAGCUUAUAAUGAAAACGAACUUCAAAGUAUAAGGCAAAAUUCUCAAAAAAUUAAUUCAGAAUUGGGAUUCUAUCAAAAAACCGAAAAAUCGGAUAAAUCAAUUCAACAGGAAGCGAAUACUGACGAUUUCAUCAUACGUUCAGAAUUCCACGAAGACUACAAAACAACAAAAAGUCAAAAAUCAAAAACUAUCUACAAAGAAGAUAAUUUAAAAAUUGAAGGAGAAUUAACAGAAAAAGUCAAUGUAGAAUUCGAACAAGCCGAAAGGCCACUACCAAUAAAACACAAAGACAAUUUACAUACCGAAGGAGACUUCUAUGGAACUACUUCAUCCAGAAAUGAUUUCACAUUUGAAAAAGUAGAACGAGUCGCAACCAUUAGACGUGAGGAUAAUUUAAGAGUAGAAGGCGAAUUUACAAAACGAGUAAAUGAGGAAUUUAUUAGAGGUGAGCGACCAUUACCCAUUAAACACGAAGAUAACUUAUAUCCCGAAGGAGAAUUCGAAAAACGCCUGAAACAAGAAUUCGUUCCUGCUGAAAGACCGAAACAGAAGAAACCCGAAGACAAUUUGUUCCCAGAAGGAGAAUUCGAACGUCGACCAAAAGAUGAAUUCGUACCAGCUGAACGACCGAAACAGAAGAAACCUAAAGAUAAUUUACAUCCCGAGGGAGAAUUCGAACGUCGUCCUAAAGACGAAUUCGUACCUGCUGAACGACCGAAACAAAAGAAACCCGAAGACAAUUUGUUCCCAGAAGGAGAAUUCGAACGUCGUCCUAAAGACAAAUUCGUACCUGCUGAACGACCGAAACAAAAGAAACCCGAAGACAACUUGUUCCCAGAAGGAGAAUUCGAACGUCGUCCAAAAGACGAAUUCGUACCAGCUGAACGACCGAAACAGAAGAAACCAAAAGAUAAUUUACAUCCCGAGGGAGAAUUCGAACGUCGUCCUAAAGACGAAUUCGUACCUGCUGAACGACCGAAACAAAAGAAACCCGAAGACAAUUUGUUCCCAGAAGGAGAAUUCGAACGUCGUCCUAAAGACAAAUUCGUACCUGCUGAACGACCGAAACAGAAGAAACCCGAAGACAACUUGUUCCCAGAAGGAGAAUUCGAACGUCGUCCAAAAGACGAAUUCGUACCAGCUGAACGACCGAAACAGAAGAAACCAAAAGAUAAUUUACAUCCCGAGGGAGAAUUCGAACGUCGUCCAAAGGACGAAUUCGUACCUGCUGAACGACCAAAACCUAAAAAACCUGAAGAUAAUUUACAUACCGAAGGAGACUUCUAUGGAAGUACUUCAUCGAGAAAUGAUUUCACAUUUGAAAAAGUAGAACGUGUUACAACGAUUAGACGGGAGGAUAAUUUAAGAGUGGAAGGUGAAUUCACCAAACGAGUUAAUGAAGAAUUUAUUAGAGGUGAGCGACCAUUACCUAUAAAACACGAAGAUAACUUAUAUCCCGAAGGAGAAUUCGAAAAACGCCCGAAACAGGAAUUUACACCAGCUGAACGACCGAAACAGAAGAAACCAAAGGAUAAUUUGCAUCCUGAAGGUGAGUUCGAAAAACGACCGAAAGACGAAUUCGUACCUGCUGAACGACCGAAACAGAAGAAACCAAAAGAUAAUUUACAUCCCGAGGGAGAAUUCGAAAAGCGUCCGAAGGACGAAUUCGAUAAUUUAAGAGUGGAAGGUGAAUUCACUAAACGAGUUAAUGAAGAAUUUAUUAGAGGUGAGCGACCAUUACCUAUAAAACACGAAGAUAACUUAUAUCCCGAAGGAGAAUUCGAAAAACGCCCGAAACAGGAAUUUACACCAGCUGAACGACCGAAACAGAAGAAACCAAAGGAUAAUUUGCAUCCUGAAGGUGAGUUCGAAAAACGACCGAAAGACGAAUUCGUACCUGCUGAACGGCCGAAACAGAAGAAACCAAAAGAUAAUUUACAUCCCGAGGGAGAAUUCGAACGUCGUCCAAAAGAUGAAUUCGUACCAGCUGAACGACCGAAACAGAAGAAACCGAAAGAUAAUUUACAUCCCGAGGGAGAAUUCGAAAAGCGUCCAAAGGACGAAUUCGUACCAGCUGAACGACCAAAACCGAAGAAACCCGAAGACAACUUGUUCCCAGAAGGAGAAUUCGAACGUCGUCCUAAAGAUGAAUUCGUACCAGCUGAACGACCGAAACAGAAGAAACCAAAAGAUAAUUUACAUCCCGAGGGAGAAUUCGAACGUCGUCCUAAAGACGAAUUCGUACCUGCUGAACGACCAAAACCUAAAAAACCCGAAGACAACUUGUUCCCAGAAGGAGAAUUCGAACGUCGUCCAAAAGAUGAAUUCGUACCUGCUGAACGACCAAAACCGAAGAAACCCGAAGACAAUUUGUUCCCAGAAGGAGAAUUCGAACGUCGUCCUAAAGAUGAAUUCGUACCUGCUGAACGACCGAAACAGAAGAAACCGAAAGAUAAUUUACAUCCCGAGGGAGAAUUCGAAAAGCGUCCAAAGGACGAAUUCGUACCAGCUGAACGACCAAAACCGAAGAAACCCGAAGACAACUUGUUCCCAGAAGGAGAAUUCGAACGUCGUCCUAAAGAUGAAUUCGUACCAGCUGAACGACCAAAACCGAAGAAACCCGAAGACAAUUUGUUCCCAGAAGGAGAAUUCGAACGUCGUCCUAAAGAUGAAUUCGUACCAGCUGAACGACCGAAACAGAAGAAACCGAAAGAUAAUUUACAUCCCGAGGGAGAAUUCGAACGUCGUCCAAAAGAUGAAUUCGUACCAGCUGAACGACCGAAACCGAAGAAACCUGAAGACAAUUUGUUCCCAGAAGGAGAAUUUGAACGUCGUCCAAAAGAUGAAUUCGUACCAGCUGAACGACCGAAACAGAAGAAACCGAAAGAUAAUUUACAUCCCGAGGGAGAAUUCGAAAAGCGUCCAAAGGACGAAUUCGUACCAGCUGAACGACCAAAACCGAAGAAACCCGAAGACAACUUGUUCCCAGAAGGAGAAUUCGAACGUCGUCCAAAAGAUGAAUUCGUACCAGCUGAACGACCGAAACAGAAGAAACCAAAAGAUAAUUUGCAUCCUGAAGACGAAUUCGUACCUGCUGAACGACCAAAACCUAAAAAACCUGAAGACAAUUUGUAUACCGAAGGAGACUUCUAUGGAAGUACUUCAUCGAGAAAUGAUUUCACAUUUGAAAAAGUAGAACGUGUUACAACGAUUAGACGGGAGGAUAAUUUAAGAGUGGAAGGUGAAUUCACCAAACGAGUUAAUGAAGAAUUUAUUAGAGGUGAGCGACCAUUACCUAUAAAACACGAAGAUAACUUAUAUCCCGAAGGAGAAUUCGAAAAACGCCCGAAACAGGAAUUUACACCAGCUGAACGACCGAAACAGAAGAAACCAAAGGAUAAUUUGCAUCCUGAAGGUGAGUUCGAAAAACGACCGAAGGACGAAUUCGUACCUGCUGAACGACCAAAACCUAAAAAACCCGAAGACAACUUGUUCCCAGAAGGAGAAUUCGAACGUCGUCCAAAAGAUGAAUUCGUACCAGCUGAACGACCAAAACCUAAAAAACCCGAUGACAACUUGUUCCCAGAAGGAGAAUUCGAACGUCGUCCUAAAGAUGAAUUCGUACCAGCUGAACGGCCGAAACAGAAGAAACCAAAAGAUAAUUUACAUCCCGAGGGAGAAUUCGAAAAGCGUCCAAAGGACGAAUUUGUACCUGCUGAACGACCAAAACCGAAGAAACCCGAAGACAACUUGUUCCCAGAAGGAGAAUUCGAACGUCGUCCUAAAGAUGAAUUCGUACCAGCUGAACGGCCGAAACAGAAGAAACCAAAAGAUAAUUUACAUCCCGAGGGAGAAUUCGAAAAGCGUCCAAAGGACGAAUUUGUACCUGCUGAACGACCAAAACCGAAGAAACCCGAAGACAACUUGUUCCCAGAAGGAGAAUUCGAACGUCGUCCAAAAGAUGAAUUCGUACCAGCUGAACGACCGAAACAGAAAAAACCGAAAGAUAAUUUACAUCCUGAAGGAGAGUUUGAACGUCGUCCGAAGGACGAAUUCGUACCUGCUGAACGACCGAAACCGAAGAAACCCGAAGACAAUUUGUUCCCAGAAGGAGAAUUCGAACGUCGUCCUAAAGAUGAAUUCGUACCAGCUGAACGGCCGAAACAGAAGAAACCAAAAGAUAAUUUACAUCCGGAGGGAGAAUUCGAACGUCGUCCUAAAGACGAAUUCUUACCUGCUGAACGACCAAAACCUAAAAAACCCGAAGACAACUUGUUCCCAGAAGGAGAAUUCGAACGUCGUCCAAAAGAUGAAUUCAUAAUUUACAUCCCGAGGGAGAAUUCGAAAGUCGUCCUAAAGGACGAAUUCGUACCAGCUGAACGACCGAAACCGAAGAAACCCGAAGACAACUUGUUCCCAGAAGGAGAAUUCGAACGUCGUCCUAAAGAUGAAUUCGUACCAGCUGAACGACCGAAACAGAAGAAACCGAAAGAUAAUUUACAUCCCGAGGGAGAAUUCGAACGACGUCCAAAAGAUGAAUUCGUACCUGCUGAACGACCGAAACAGAAGAAACCAAAAGAUAAUUUACAUCCUGAAGGAGAGUUUGAACGUCGUCCGAAGGACGAAUUCGUACCUGCUGAACGACCAAAACCUAAAAAACCUGAAGAUAAUUUACAUACCGAAGGAGACUUCUAUGGAAGUACUUCAUCGAGAAAUGAUUUCACAUUUGAAAAAGUAGAACGUGUUACAACGAUUAGACGGGAGGAUAAUUUAAGAGUGGAAGGUGAAUUCACCAAACGAGUUAAUGAAGAAUUUAUUAGAGGUGAGCGACCAUUACCUAUAAAACACGAAGAUAACUUAUAUCCCGAAGGAGAAUUCGAAAAACGCCCGAAACAGGAAUUUACACCAGCUGAACGACCGAAACAGAAGAAACCAAAGGAUAAUUUGCAUCCUGAAGGUGAGUUCGAAAAACGACCGAAAGACGAAUUCGUACCUGCUGAACGACCGAAACAGAAGAAACCAAAAGAUAAUUUACAUCCCGAGGGAGAAUUCGAAAAGCGUCCGAAGGACGAAUUCGUACCUGCUGAACGACCAAAACCUAAAAAACCUGAAGACAAUUUGUUCCCAGAAGGAGAAUUCGAACGUCGUCCUAAAGAUGAAUUCGUACCAGCUGAACGACCGAAACAGAAGAAACCAAAAGAUAAUUUGCAUCCUGAAGGUGAGUUCGAAAAACGACCGAAAGACGAAUUCGUACCUGCUGAACGACCAAAACCUAAAAAACCUGAAGACAAUUUGUAUACCGAAGGAGACUUCUAUGGAAGUACUUCAUCGAGAAAUGAUUUCACAUUUGAAAAAGUAGAACGUGUUACAACGAUUAGACGGGAGGAUAAUUUAAGAGUAGAAGGUGAAUUCACCAAACGAGUUAAUGAAGAAUUUAUUAGAGGUGAGCGACCAUUACCUAUAAAACACGAAGAUAACUUAUAUCCCGAAGGAGAAUUCGAAAAACGCCCGAAACAGGAGUUUACACCAGCUGAACGACCGAAACAGAAGAAACCAAAGGAUAAUUUGCAUCCUGAAGGAGAAUUCGAACGUCGUCCUAAAGAUGAAUUCGUACCAGCUGAACGACCGAAACAGAAGAAACCAAAAGAUAAUUUACAUCCCGAGGGAGAUUUCGAACGUCGUCCGAAGGACGAAUUUGUACCUGCUGAACGACCAAAACCGAAGAAACCUGAAGACAACUUGUUCCCAGAAGGAGAAUUCGAACGUCGUCCUAAAGAUGAAUUCGUACCAGCUGAACGGCCGAAACAGAAGAAACCAAAAGAUAAUUUACAUCCCGAGGGAGAAUUCGAACGUCGUCCUAAAGACGAAUUCUUACCUGCUGAACGACCAAAACCUAAAAAACCCGAAGACAACUUGUUCCCAGAAGGAGAAUUCGAACGUCGUCCUAAAGAUGAAUUUGUACCAGCUGAACGACCGAAACAGAAGAAACCAAAAGAUAAUUUGCAUCCUGAAGGUGAGUUCGAAAAACGUUCAAAGGACAAAUUUGUGCCAGGUGAACGACCGAAGCAGAAGAAACCGGAAGACAAUUUACAUACCGAAGGAGACUUCUAUGGAAGUACUUCAUCCAGAAAUGAUUUCACAUUUGAAAAAGUUGAACGAGUUGCAACGAUUAGACGGGAGGAUAAUUUAAGAGUAGAAGGCGAAUUUACAAAACGAGUAAAUGAGGAAUUUAUUAGAGGUGAGCGACCAUUACCUAUUAAGCACGCAGAUAACUUACGUCCUGAAGGAGAAUUCGAAAAACGUCCUAAGGACAAAUUUGUGCCAGGUGAGCGCCCAAAACCUAAAAAACCCGAAGACAAUUUGUUCCCAGAAGGAGAAUUCGAACGUCGUCCUAAAGAUGAAUUUGUACCUGCUGAACGACUGAAACCUAAAAAACCCGAAGACAAUUUACAUACAGAGGGACAUUUCUACGGAAGCUCAUCCAAAAAUGAUUUCACAUUUGAAAAAGUUGAACGAGUUGCAACGAUUAGACGGGAGGAUAAUUUAAGAGUCGAAGGUGAAUUCACCAAACGAGUUAAUGAAGAAUUUAUUAGAGGUGAGCGACCAUUACCCAUUAAACACGAAGAUAACUUAUAUCCCGAAGGAGAAUUCGAAAAACGUCCAAAGGACAAAUUCGUACCAGCUGAACGACCGAAACCUAAAAAACCUGAAGACAAUUUGUUCCCAGAAGGAGAAUUCGAACGUCGUCCUAAAGACGAAUUCGUUCCAGCUGAACGACCAAAACCUAAAAAACCGGAAGACAAUUUACAUACCGAAGGAGACUUCUAUGGAAGCUCUUCAUCCAAAAAGGAUUACUUAUUUGAGAAAACUCAACGGAUUACAAGUAUUAAACGUGAAGAUAAUUUAAGAGUAGAAGGUGAGUUCACCAAACGAGUUAAUGAGGAAUUUAUUAGAGGUGAGCGACCAUUACCUAUAAAACACGAAGAUAAGUUAUAUCCCGAAGGAGAAUUCGAAAAACGUCCUAAGGACAAAUUUGUGCCAGGUGAGCGCCCGAAACCUAAAAAACCUGAAGACAAUUUGUUCCCGGAGGGACAAUUCGAACGUCGUCCAAAAGACGAAUUCGUACCAGGUGAACGUCCAAAGCAAAAGAAACCUAAGGAUAAUUUAUAUUUGGAAGGUGAGUUUUCUUUAACUCGUAAGAAUGACUAUUUAAGUGGAGUAAUGGUAGAUAAUACUGAUAAGAAGUAUUCAUCUGAUGUAUCUGUAGUUAAGAGUGAUGAUAAAUCUCAAAAGCAUUUAAUGAAUUCAUCAAGUGUAUCUUUUGAUACAGAGGGUGUUGUUAAUACAAUUAAAGAAACGAGUAAUUCUCAUAUAUCAGUGUUGUCAAAAUCUGUUUCUGAUGAAAGUAGGAGAAAUAUAAAAACUGUCAAUAGAUUUAAUCAGAUGAAGUCUAAUAUUUUAAUAAGUGAUUCAUCAGAUGUUUAUGACAAAUUCUCAAAAUCUACUACUAGUUCUAAUUUAGAAAAGUCGUCUAGUUUCAAUGAAAAAAAUGUAUCAUUUGGUAACAAAAAAGUGGUCGUUGACAGUAAAAGUAUUGAUAAUGUUGAUAAUAAUUGUUUAACGAAGAGAAGUUCAAGUAAUUCUACUAUUAUAAAAGAAAAAAUUGGUUCAGUUACGGAAACGAAUAAAAAAUCUGUUAUAAAUAAAACUGAAUUUAUAAAUAAAAAGGAUGAAAAAUCAUUAAAUAAAAUUACGGAUGUUUCCAAGGAGAGUUUAAGUAAACCUAGUAGCCGUAUGAUUACGCGAGAAAGAAAAGUAUUGGUUGGUGGAAAAUUGGUAUCUAAAAUAGAAAAAAUAAUGGUUACCGAUACUAAUGUUACAACUAGUAAAAAUUUUGAAACAGUAGAACGCCGCGAAUUGUUUUCUAAAUGUGAAAAUGAAAUAAAUAAAGAAAAGAAAAUUUUAUCAUCUCGAAAAUUUGAGGAUGAAACCAACAAAUCAAUAAGGAAAUCAAUAAAUUCUUGUAGCGGUGAUUUUAUGGAUGCCAUGACCUCCACUAAAUCUGAUAUUAGAUCAGAAGAAAAAACAGGUUAUCACAGAAGAAGUGUCAUAUCUAGUUCUUCUGCUGAUUUACAUAACAUGGUUUUACACAGAAAGGAUGUAACGUCAGCUCCGGAAGCACUUCACACGAUAUCUUCAGCUGCUUCUGCUCAAAGGAAAAGUAUUAAUAAUUUAAGUGAAAUUGGGCAAUAUAUUAGCAAUUCUUCUCAGAGUCACGAAAGAAAAAGUUUAAGUUCUUUACACAGACAAAGUAAUUCUCCCGUACGCCGGGAAACGAUAAAAAAAGAUUUAUCAUCGUCUCCCAUGAAGGAUGUUUCUCAUUGGUCGAAUACAAUGCAGCAAUUUAACACAUCUGAUACGAGUACUACUAGUUCAAGGAUAAUUGGUAAUAAAGAUAGUUCUUUCACGAGUUCCAGCAGUCAAAGAAUGUCUCGAACAAGCGAAUAUAACGUAUCGACUUCUAAGAGCACCAGUACUUCUGUUAGUGUUACAAGAAAAGUUUACAGGAAUAAUGCAUCAAACAUAUCAUUUGGAGAUUCAUCAUCCAUAACAAGUACUUCUAUGUACAGAAACGAAUUUACUCCGCGUCACGUGGGUCCGUGUCCAGCAUCUUUUAUAGAAACUGAGAGCACACCUUUUAAGCAUACGAGAGACACCAAAAAGCACAAAUAUUAUCUUCCAGUGGUUGAUACAAAGUGA